AUGAGUUGGGAUCAGCCUAUCCACAGCUUCAGCUAUCCGAACGGUGAACCUCAGACCCCGACGAGGACUCCACCCACGAGCUUCUUUAGUGACGCUACCUUUCAAACGCCGAAACUCGAGUCCAGUUUUUUCGAUCCGAGAGUGACAUGGGACACCUCCGACCCUUACGCUUCGAGCCCUGAGUUCCUUCGCACACCCCAGCGGUUCGGGCUGAACAGCCCGCGGUUGCCCGACAAGAAGCCGGCCCAGGGUUUAGGCUCACCCGGACUACACAACGCGAAAUCAUCGGGCUCUCAGGUUGAGACUGUUAGGAAGCGGCGUCCGUCAAAACUAAACGCAACGGGUGAAGAUGGGUCCAAGACUGUGGAGUCGAUCAAAUCGGCUGCCUCCAUGCAGACCCCUCCGCCAAGCAGCGCCUCGAGGACAAAGGUGACGGAAUUUGGAAAUCUGAGCAGUGCUGGGCGUCACGAACUGACCUCGAGCACGGCCGGGGGACAUUUGGAGACUCCUAGUCGAGUAAUGGGUGCUUCCCCCCGGUUAUUCGGAGACCUUCAGUCGUCCCCAGACCCAUUCCAGCUGGGCUCAAUUGAUCCGUCGGCGUCGCCUUUCUUUCCACAACAGAGGUUGUUUUGGGACCACGGACUUGAUCAGCAUACAUCAGAUUUGCCCUUGCAUGGAAACGAAGGCGGUUUGUUCGACACUGACACUGCAGACACACUCCAUGCCAACACAACGGAAGCCCCGCAAGACCUCCAAAUCCCGCAGCUACCUCAUAUCGACAGGAACAUGGAGCUUUCUGGUCUUAACAAUACUAUGUAUGGCCUCUCGUCCGGUGUUCCGACCGAUGCAGCUUUAUUCCCCGCUCCCUUUUCCACGUCGCCUCGACUUCCCCUACCAAAAGCAGAGGAUCCCUCCUUGUUCCUGAGUUCCCCUGCACGACGAUUUGGGGGGCCUCAGCCUACUCCUGACAAACGGUUGUUUUCGAGGCAACAUCGCCAGCCGUACCAUCAUCAGACAGAGGAAUUCAAGCGGGAAGAGCUCCGACGUGCUCAGGGAGUCAACCCUCAUCUAUCUGAUGAUGAGACUGACGAGUACACGCCUCGUCAAAAUAGGCCUGCGCUGACCCGCAGCCUCACUGUAAGUGCAGUGAGUGCGUCUCGUCCAGGCUCUGGCGGGACGAUGUCCUCUGCUAGUGGAAUCCGGAAGAGCCCGUCGAAGGGGCGGUCCUCGCCGAUCAAGUCUCUUCGCGCUCCGUUACCUAGAUCCAACUCUCUGGCCAGUGUGUUUCCACGCUCCCAGUCGGUAGUCUUGAAGAUUGGCAAGGACGGAAGAGCAAAAACCGAGAUGCAGCCGGUGCUUGAGGCGUCGACUGGCUUGACCGAUCCUCUCAAUAGCAUGGAUAUGGACGGCUCCGCUACCGAGAGCGAAUAUGACUCGGCAGAGUUUCCGGAGUAUCCCCCAUCUAGCAGCCGCAAUCCUUCGUUCGUCUUCUCGGAAGCUGGAAGAUCGACAAUUGCCCGCAGUGAAUCUGGCUCGCGGCCCCCUUCAAUGGGCUCUUACACAUCGUCGCAUUCAGGCCGUGUCUCUCCUUGGGCUACUGCUCCUCGUGGUCCGGCUAGGAGGCCGCCACUAAAGGCGACAUUGGAAGACUGGAAGAGGACACCGAAAAGGCAGUCUUCGAGACUUCCGUCGGAUUUGUCAUAUAGCAGCUCCGCUUCCAUCCCCGGCAGCAUUGCUGAUGUAGAAGAGGAUACGGGUGAUGCUCAACAUGCCCUUCGCAAGGUUUUACAAGACAAGGGCCGCAUACCAAGAUCGCAGACAAUCGCAAGCUUUGGCUCCCGGUCAAAUCGCUCCCUGCAGUCUCUGGCACAGCUACAGUCGUCGCCUCCACGCUUUGGUACGGAGCGAGAGUCAGAUGCUCGCGAAGCGAAUACAUCUCCCACGACAGUGACUGACCCCGACCUCGCAACUCCUUGCACAGACCGAUACAGCAAUCCAAGUAAUGGCACCAGGUGCAUCUGCAAUUCCAUGGAUAACGGUGGCCAUCUAAUGAUUCAAUGCGAAUCGUGCAGCCACUGGUUGCACACCAAAUGUGUCGGUCUAGAACGGUCCAACCUCCCUUCUGUCUACGUUUGCGUUUUCUGUGCGCAAACCCCUACUCGGAAGAAUCGAGUCCGCGUUCCGGUCAAUGGUGUUGGCCAUGCACCGACUUCACCACUCGCCCAUAAGUCGUAUCGUCUCCGAUAA